AUGGAAGAUAUUUUCGCAAUUGGCUCCAAUGGAUCUGGGCAACUUGGUAUUGGACAUCGAGAGGAUGUAUCAGUUCCGAAGCCGGUUCACUUCCACUCGGCACCUCUGAGCUCCCGUAUAGUGAAAAUCGCCGCUGGUGGCAACCACACUCUGGUCUUGGGUGAAUCUGGUGAAAUAUACUGGAGUGGUGACCCGUCUUCUGGGGCUUGCGGGAUCUCAGAUAGCGACUUGGAAACUGCGGCCUUUCGGCCACUUCGCCUGGUCCACAGCGGACACAAUGACACCAUAGGAACUCCUGUUCUCAUCGCCGCAACAUGGGAGGCAUCAUUUAUUGUUUCCCGGGAUGAUUCGGGAAGAAGAACUAGAAUCUUCAGCUUCGGGACUGGCUUGAAAGGCGAGCUAGGUGCCGGGGAAAUGAUUAUUCGAACGCCGACAGCCACUCAACUACAAAAUUUCCCUCCGCCAGACACAGAGAUAAUCGACUUGGCGGCAUGUAUGGGGCAUGUUGUCGCAGUGCUCGAUAAUGGUGAUGCUUAUGGCUGGGGCAACUGUCGAAAAUCACAGGCAGGAGCACCCGCUGGUGUCAUCUAUGAGCCCCGGAGGAUAGCAAAAAUCGGAUUCAACGUACAUCGCGCCGUGUGUACCAAGGAGGCGACAGGCCUCUUUGGGGCGCCAGACAGCGGACGUGUUCGUAUAUUAGGGUCUGACAAGUGGGGGAUAGUCUCCAAGAGUCCUGACAUAGCACCGCCAUGGUUGGAUAUUGGGGCAGGUUGGGGAGCUGUCUACAUAUUAAAUAAAGAUGGGACUUUGCAAGCUUGGGGGAGGGAUGAUCACGGUCAGCUACCACCACCCAAUCUACCCCGUCUAAAGAAAAUUGCAAUUGGCAGUGAGCAUGUCGUGGCACUGUCACAAGGUGGCGACGUGCUCUCAUGGGGUUGGGGCGAGCACGGGAAUUGUGGCCCACAGGUUGAAAACAACGACGUUCAAGGACGCUGGAAUGUAAUUGCAUCCUCGAAAUUUAUACCUGCGAAUUCUCGGAUUACGAAUGUUGGUGCAGGAUGUGCUACCAGCUGGAUAGGCAUAGAACGAGCUUGA